GACCCUCAGCGCCCCGGCAGAGAGGGAGGACGCGCUGAAGAGAGGCCAAUUCUUCCUCAGUAGCGGCCUGGGGGGGUUGGUGUAGAAGUUGAGAUCACCUGAGCUGCAUUCAUCAUCGCCGGUCGAGCUGCCCAGCUGCAGUGAGGGUAAAAUUAAUGGCAGGAGUGAACGGAGAUCGGAAAGGAAAGAAAGAUGACAAUGGGCUUGGCACGGCGAUCGAUUUUGUGCUCUCCAAUGCAAAGCUGGUACUGGGAGUUGGGGGGGCAGCCAUGCUCGGGAUCGCCACACUGGCAGUCAAAAGAAUGUACGACAGAGCUCUCAGCGCUCCAUCGAGCCCUACUAAAGCCGACCCAUCAGGGAGGAGAAGCUGGGAGGAACCGAGCUGGAUGGGAUCGUCGCCUCGAACGCUGAGCCGUGACAUGAAGCAGAACGUCAGCCGCUCUUUACAGACGCUCCCUACCUCCUCCAGCUCAUUUAAACCAGAUUCAUUGCGUCGUGCGACUGGUCGUGGUAAAGGUGGAUCUGGAAAGGCUGAUCUCCAGAAAGCGCGAAUGCGUCUCUCGCUCCAGGAACACCUGUGGGCCUUCUUCCACGAGCGAGUGGCGAUCCCCGCAGAGGAGCAAGCUGUCGCCCGUCGUGCUGCGCUGGAUAUCUGCGCCGAGCUCCGGGUCUUCAUCCAUGCCAAACUACCAGACAUGCCUUUACGAGAGAUGUUCCUGAGCGGUAGUCUUUAUGACGACCUUCAGGUGGUGACUGCAGACCACGCCCAACUGAUGGUACCCAUGAUUCUCGAGAAGAAUCUCUGGUCAUCCGUUCCCGGUGAAGACACCAUCAUGAAUAUCCCUGGCUUCUGGCUGGUCCGUCGGGAAAACCUCGAAUACUUCCCCCGUGGAAGCAGCUACUGGGACCGUUGCAUGGUGGGAGGAUACCUUUCCCCAAAGAGCGUAUUAGAAGUCUUCGAGAAGCUCGUCGCCGGCUCCAUCAACUGGCCCGCGAUCGGUAGUGUAUUAGAUUACGUGAUUCGACCCGUGGUCCCAUCGGAAACGCUUACGUUGGAAGUGCAGUACGAAACGGACCGUCGCCUUUACGUGGACUUCCUCCCGUUGCUUGUCAUGGAGGACGGAGCUUCGCUGAUCGCCAAACCGCACCGAUUGGCCGCCGAUCGCCACGAGAACCUGUGGAGACAGAGUUUUCGAGCGGCGGAGACCGCAAAGUUACGCACGCUCGAUCAGGAAGACGGCGGGUGUCGUUGCGCUUGUCUCAAAGUGGUUAAAGCCGUGUGUAAACUGAAUCCGGCACUGGCGCGAUUAAACGCAAGUCAGCUCACUAAUGCAAUCCUCCUCCUAAGUGAACAGGAAGGGAAUUGGUCUCAGGAAGCGCUGGCUGACUGUUUUUUGCACCUGCUUCGUGCACUAGUGGGACACCUAGAGGCUGGGAGGCUACCCUGCACCCUUAAUCCCAAAGUCAAUCUGUUGUGUGAACUAACGGAAGAGGAAAUCGAUGAACUUGGGUACACGCUGUACUGUGCGUUGUCUGACCCAGAGAGUCUUCUGAGAACUGUUUAACACACAUGCAUGCAUCCACUAUUCGGCCUCAACGCUUAGACACCGAAGACCUAAAUAUUUAGACGGACUUGAUCCACACACAAAUGGCAGUGUUUUCAUAUGUACCCUGUACUAGUAGGUCAAUAACUUGUUUUUCACAUACAUGCUUUUGUGUGUCCUGGAGGGCCGGUGUCUUGCAGUUUAGCUUCAACCCUAAUAAAAAAAACACUACAGCAGCCAUUUGAAGUCUUCCUAGGCAUACUAGAAACUUUCAGGUAGGUGUGUUAAGGCAGGUUCAACUCUGCAGGACACCGGCACUCCUCCCAUAACCACUUUCUUUCAGGUAAUACAAUUUAAUCUGUUGGUCAUAUUAUAUAUGGGCAAACGGAUAUCAUUUAUUAUUUGACUCUUGAUUUAGAGCCACAGAACCAAAGUAUUGAUAGAUCAGUGCAUGUAGUGAAGAAUCAGAUUUUAGAUUUCAGGACUUGUCAUCACAUUUGUGUUUCCUGUGUUCGUGUUACCUAUAAUGCCAGAUCUUCUGGAUGAAGUGGCACAUGAAAUCGUUGUGUGGCUCAGUAUUUCUUCUGAUUUGUUCCUAGAUUAAUUUAAAAUGUUUUCUUCUAAGACAGCUGCUUUUGGGUGUCUUCAGAGUAACAUGCAACUGAGGGGACAAUUUGAGAUUAUUAGGAGCGCAUGGUUGAGGAAUAAUAAAAAUCAGACCACUAAAGCUUGAA